AACCAGUCUUGCUCGCGGGGCUGCUGCGGACUUGGCUUUUAGUCCUUUUCCCACCACUUCCACCAUCAACGACGAGAAUGCCUGCUCUGAAUGACACUUCAACGACUUUAAACCUAUUUCUCGCCGCACGCGAUUUCCAAGAACGGGUCACUCCCAAUCCGACUCAGCGUACGACUCUGAUUGUUGCUGGUUGUUACAUCGUUGUGAUUGCCAUACUAUGGCAUGUGCCAAUUCUAAGCUGGAUCAUCUAUCCCUUCAAGUUAUUGACAGUCGGGUUUCAUGAAAUGAGCCAUGCUUUUGCGGGUGUUUUGACCUGUGCUCGCAUCCAUGCCAUAGAACUGGAUCCCGACGAAGGUGGUGUAACAAAAAUGUCCGGUGGAAUAUCUUGGAUCACUCUCCCAGCUGGUUACAUCGGUUCUUGUUUCAUCGGUGCAUGUCUUAUCGCUUGUGGAUUCAACACGAACGCCAGCAAAAUAGCCAGCAUAGUCCUUGCUGUGUUUUUCCUCUUCACUCUAUGGUGGGCUAGGAAGGAUUGGCUAACUUGGGUGCUUAUUCUGGGAAUGGCUGGUCUUAUUGUCUUGUUCUGGUUCGUAGCAGGGGGGGUUGCGCUGAGAUAUCUUGUUCUAUUUAUUGGGGUAAUGUCGUGCAUGUACGCAUUGUGGGAUAUUGUAGAUGAUACCAUUGCUCGGAAAGUAAACACCUCAGACGCCUCUGCCUUCGCCAAGAUCUGCGGAUGUUUCCCUUCUCAAGUUUGGGGUGUAAUUUGGCUCUUGAUAGCAUUCGUAUUCUUCGGUUUGGGUGUCAUUGUAGGUUUAGUCGCUUUCAAGGAAACGUCGGAGGAACAGAAAGAGGAUGCAUCCAAAUUUUUGCCUGUACCAGGAAGUUCAGGAGCAUUUUCAACGACUCCGAACAGUAUGGUGGGAUUGGCGAUGAUCUUCUCUGGAUGGUUAUUAAUGUAAAUGUCGGACACGAUCUAUUUGUGGCGUGGACUUUAUGGACAUUUGUAUGUGCAGGCGUAAGUACUUGAUCAUGAGUAGAACGAGCUUUGCUUUGGCCCUACUUAAUCAUUAGUAAGCGGCCGGGCCGCCCAGCACACAUUUGCGCGAAUAAGAAUGAAACUCGA